CGGAACAUGUCUCGCGCGCGCGCGUGGGGUUGCACACAGACUUUCGCACAAGUGGGCGUCUUCGCGGCUUUAAAAAGUUGACUUUGCGGCUAAUCGACCGGCGCAAACACAACACAGCAGGGCGGGCCACGUAAGCAAACACGCCGUGCGUCUCCCUUUCGAACAGGCUGCUCAACUUUGUGGAUGGCGGAUGUUGUUCACGGUGGUGACUUGUCAGUGAGGGCCAGGUGUCAUUAGCGCUAAAAGAAAAAAAAAAAGUAAGCAAAAGUAUUUCACUCCAAAAAAAAAAAAAAAUGGCGGACGCGUCUGUCAUUUGGAUUUACAAGUGUCACUCGUCGACUUAAAGGCCAACUCCAGAUGUUAGACGGAGCCGCGCUGCAGAACCCGUGACUUCGACCGCGGCGUGCGGACAAAAACUGCCAGUUCCCCCGCAGUAAUGUCAUCUUGGUGGUGGGAGCAGUGGUCCCCCGUGGGCCCGAACAGCACCAUUGGUUCUAGCGGCCCCGAUGACAAGACCUGCUUCAACAGCACGCAGAAUACCGUCCUGAAUGGAGUCAACUUUGGUGGAGUGCCUGUUGUGCUGCUGCUCAACUUUAGUGUCUUUUUGGUGUUGCUGAUCCUGUUCUCGGUUAUACGGAGGAAGUUCUGGGACUAUGGACGUUUGGCGCUGGUUGCAGACAACGAAGGGUUCACCGAGUCGACAGGCCAUCGUUACAGACACAUGUCGUCUUGUGUGUCCAGUGGGGAUGACCUCGAGUAUGAAAUGGGCUUCUGUUCUUGGCUACCCUUCAUCCUCAGAAUGGACGACGAAAAAAUAAAAGCCAGAUGCGGCACAGACGCUGUUCACUACCUGUCCUUCCAGCGUCAUUUGAUCAUCCUGCUGCUGAUCAUUACGGUCACCUCCCUCUCAAUCAUACUGCCGGUCAACCUGACGGGUGACCUGCUGGGCAACAAGCCACAGAGUUUUGGAAGGACGACUAUUGGGAAUCUUCAAAAGGGAGACAACUGGUUGUGGCUUCACACUGUGUUUGCCGUCCUCUAUCUUGCCCUCACUGUCGUUGUGUUGCGACACCAUACGUCGCAAAUGAAAGGCAUGGGUCAAGACACACCCAAAAACACCUUGUUUGUGACUUCAGUCCCUAAAACAGCCAAAGAGGACGACCUAAAGACUCAUUUCGCAGAGGCAUACCCCACCUGCCAAGUGUGUGCGGUCAACAUUGCCUAUGACGUGGCUAAGCUCAUGCACCUUGAUAAGGAAAGGGUUCGAGCUGGAAAAAACCUGCGUUACUACGAGCGCGUCCUGGAGAAGACGGGCCAGCGGGAAACCAUAUACCCCAGACUGUGCGGUUACCUCUGUUGCUGUGCCAAAUGUGACAAGGUGGACGCUAUAGAGUACUACAACACUAAGGAAAAAGACCUCCUGGAGGAGGUGAGGCAGCAGGUGGAAGUGGUGCCACAGCGCCCCCUGGGGCUUGCCUUCGUCACCUUGCAGACAGAGGCCAUGGCCAAGUUCAUUCUGAAAGACUUCAACGCACUCGAAUGCGGCGGCACGAGUUGCUGUUGUGGCCGACAGCGUCAGCAGUCGAUCAACAGCGCAAGUCUCAAAGUGAGCAAGUGGAGGGUCAGCUCUGCACCCCAUCCCAAAAACCUCUAUUGGGACCAUCUGUCAGUCCAGGGCUUCUCUUGGUUCAUGCGCUACAUGAUGCUCAACUUUCUGCUUUUCUUCCUGCUCACCUUCCUCACAACGCCCACCAUCAUCAUCAACACCAUAGACAAGUUCAACGUCACCAGGCCCAUCCACUAUCUGAAUAGCCCAAUCAUCAGUCAGUUCUUCCCCACGUUCCUACUGUGGAGCUUCUCCGCACUGUUGCCCACCAUCGUCUACUACUCCACACUCGGGGAGGCCCACUGGAGCAGGUCCAGCGAGCAGCUGAGCAUGAUGCACAAGCUUUACUUCUUUCUGCUCUUCAUGGUGCUCAUUCUUCCCUCGCUAGGACUCACCAGCCUCGCCUUGUUUUUCCGCUGGCUGUUUGACAAAAAAUUUCUCACAGAUGGGAAGCUGAGGUUUGAAUGUGUGUUCUUACCUGACCAAGGGGCCUUCUUCGUCAACUACGUGAUCGCAGCGGCCUUGGUGGGCUCGGCCAUGGAUCUGAUGCGGCUGCCCGGUUUGCUUCUUUACACCAUCCGCCUCGCGCUCGCCCGCUCGGCCGCUGAAAGAAAAUACGUCAAACAGAACCAAGCCUUUGAGUUUGAAUAUGGCGCCAUGUAUGGCUGGAUCCUGUGUGUGUUUACUGUCAUCUUGGCUUACAGUGUCAUUUGUCCCAUUAUUGUGCCUUUUGGUCUCCUAUACAUGACGCUGAAGCACCUGGUGGACAAGCACAACUUGUAUUUUGCCUACUUGCCAACACGUCUCGACCGUCAAGUCCACCUGAAGGCUGUCAAUCAAGCUCUGGCAGCACCCAUCAUCUGCCUAAUAUGGCUUUAUUUCUUUUCUGUCCUCAGAACAGGUUUCUUGACAUCCACUUCUCUGUUUACCUUGGUGGUGCUUGUCAUCACUGUCCUCAUCUGCCUCAGCUACACCUUGUUUGGCCAUUUCCAGUACCUCAGUCCACACAAUUACGUGGUGAAGGAGGAAGAUGAGGACACACCUGAGGGAGUGGAGGAAAACACCAUGGUUUACCUUCCCAGAGUGCUGAACCCCAAAUCGUCAGCGGGAGCUUCGAAGGUGACUCAGGCCCAGCAGUCGUACGGUUCCACAGAGGGCAGCCCCAGUCCUGUAGAGGGCAGCGUCACAAAAAAAAAAAAACACAGUUUAACAUCUUGUUCGUCAUUCCGCUCCCUUGUGAACUAACUCAGCCAUCGAAGGACACAGAAGUAUGGAGAGGCAGUGUCAAAGAUUAAUACAGGGGAAGGGAUCCCACUUGUUUGAUAUGAGAGAGCCAUGUUUACAAGAAAGCACACUUCUGGGUCUCUGUGAUUACUGGUAAAAAAAAUAUCCUACACAGCUUUGUUUGGGAGAAAAAGAACGGUGGAUUGAAUGUUUUGACAAAUGAUGAAACUAAUGUUGCAUGAGAAAAAAAUAAGCGUUAAUGAUGCCAAAGAUGUAAGCGUUUAAUGAUUCAAAUGGACACCUGCCAAUGAAAGCAACUUGUACUUCCCGUUAAUAAUGCACUUUCGAUAUCACAGACCUGUUAUUUAUAAACAAGUGCUGACUUGAGUUACUAGUCAAGCGGACAAUUGGUGUUUUUUAAAUAUUUUUUAACAAAAAUACUUUACCUUUUUUUUUUUUGUUUGUUUGUUUUUUUUAACCCAAAAAGUCCCUUUUUACAGUUUAGACAUCCAUCCAGUUUCUUUUACCGCUUAUCCUCACUAGGGUCGUGGGCUGCUGGAGCCUAUCCCAGCUAUCUUCGGGCGGGAGGCGGGGUACAUACACCCUGAAGCGGUUGCCAGCCAAUCGCAGGGCACAUAGAAACAUACAAAAACAUUCACACUUACAUUCACACCUACAGGCAAUUUAGAAUCUUCAAUCAACCUACCACGCAUGUUUUUUGGAUGCGGGAGGAAACCGGAGUGCCCGGAGAAAACCCACGCAGGCACGGGGAGAACACGCAAACUCCACACAGGCGGGGCUGGGAUUUUAUCCCCGGUCCCCAGAACUUUGAGGCAGAUGUGCUAACCAGUCAGUUACCGUGCCGGCUCAGUUUAGAAAUAAAAAAAAAAAAACUUUACAAUUUUCAACAUGAAUCACUUUACAUAUUGUUUUAUUAGUUUUUUAAACAAUUUUAAAAACAUUUUUGUAAGUUCAAUAAAAUGUUUUUUUUUUUACAGGUCAAAACAUGUUAUUGCACAUUUCUUUAAAUGUUUCAUACAUUCUUUUUAGUAAAAAAAAAAUAAUCCUUUUGAUUAAUUUACUUUUUUUGCAGUUUUUAACAAAUUGUAACAUUUUUUAAAUUCCCCUUUCAGUUUAAUUUUUUUUAAACUUUCCUUUUCACACUUUGAAACUGUUUUUAAAAGAAAAAAAGAACUGAACAACUAUACUUUUUACCGUUUGGAAAAGUACAUACUAAAACCUUUGUAUUAUGCUUUCACAAAAUCCAUUCCUUGAAGUAAUGUGCGUGGUGUGUCUUCAGGGGGCGCUGUUGAUCUGCAGCUGCGAAGCUUUGAAGCACUUCAAUGCACAGUCUUGACUGGGGAUUUAACCUUGGUAUGUGGCCCGUUACUGGACAAUAAUAGCAGUAGCUCCGCCCCCUCACCUGAUCUCUCUCCACUGUCGCCCCCUGUUGUGCUCUUGCCAUUUUAUCCACUUUCACCCUCUCUUUCUCAUCACACGCUUCCCACCCGGGUUGACUGAGGCCUCCGCCAGUCUGUUGUCAUGUAAAGACUUUCGGCUGCGCUUGAUUAGCGCGGUUGUUAUGCGUGGCCAGUGGAGUGCUGCGCUAACGACAUAUGUAGGUUAGUAGGUGACGAAGACUUUUUUUUUUUUUCCAAGGCUGCUCGACACGGAUCAACGUGCUAGAAUGGGACCUCACAACACUGACAGAUAUGCACAACAGAUUGCGUCAUGUAUAGCUGGGUCCACAAGUACUUGGACAGUGAGUUUUUAUGAUUGAUGCCUUUAUACACCACCACCAUGUGAUUGAAAUAAAACUACAGUGGUGCCUUGAGAUAUGAGUGACCCCAAUACGAGCUGUCAUUCAGACAAUUUAAAAAAAACUAAAUUUUUUGGGACUUGCAAACGCACACUUGAGAUACACAACUAACUUCCCAAUAAGCAGCAAUAAGUCAGCUAUCUUGUUUUCCAGGUUUGGUCACGUGACGUUCCACAUAUAGCGGAUUCUUCCCCCCCCCCAAAAAAGGUGCUGUAUAAGGUCACUACCAGUUGAGGUUUACUGUCAAACCAAACAAAACAAACAAAAUCACGUUUAUUUAAAACAAUGUUGCCAAAUGGCCCCGCUAGCUUAAUGCUAACAUAUAAUGGCCACGCUCGAUUAUCGGCGCCUUGUAAGUCUCUAAGCAACGGAUUUCUGAACACCGUGAAGCAACACAUAUACAGAAAAUAUCACAAUACUCACAGGCAUAUAUUCUUUAUCCUCUGUGAAAAACCAACUAAUAUUACUGAAGCUUACAGAGUCACUGAGAAUAAUGGUGGCUCCUCUGCGUUUGUUUUAUACUGCCCCACGGUGGCCAAGGCGGGCACACCAGGAGGAGCACCACAAUGAAUUCUAGAAUGAGUUCUAUCAUGAUGCUGUGUUUAAUUCUUCAUAUUUUUAAAUUGUUGUUAUUCUGUCAGUUUGAAAUAAAGUACAAUAUUAUAGAGUGCUAUUUUCCCCCAUUAAAAACAUAUUACAGAAA